AUGUCUUUCCAUAAUCCAUAUAUUAGCAUUGCUUUAAGAAUGUUUUUAUGUUGUCCAGCUUCAAACUGCUCAGCAGAGAGAAGUUUUAGUGCUUUGAAGAGGAUUAAAACUUACUUAAGAUCUAGUACCAAAGAUGAUCGUCUGAAUGAUCUAGCAAUACUAAAUAUAGAGUCAGAAUUAACAGUUAAUAUAAAUUAUGAUGAUAUUAUAAAUAAGUUUAGUGAGUUAAAAGCUCGUAGAAAAAUGUAA